AUGCUUCCUGCGGAAGCAAUAAGCCAUAGGUCGACAAAAACGAACAGAGACUUCGACUCUGUGGCGGAACUGCGACCAUACACCAUGUUGUUCUCCACGCUUGUAUCUGGCCUCUUCUUGAGCUCCUUCGUUGCCGCAGCCCCGCCACCAAAAUCAAAGCGCGCAGCAUCAGUCCUCCCUCUAUCCACAAAGGGACGCGACAUUAUUGAUGCACAUGGCCAUGUCUUCCAUUUCAAAUCCACAAAUUGGCCUGGCCACCAGGAGAUUAUGAUUCCGGAGGGCCUCCAGCAUUCUUCCAUCAAGGACAUUGUUUCGUGGUUUCCCAAGUUCGGUCUCAACUCAGUCCGGUUCACAUUUGCGAUUGAAAUGAUCGAUGACAUUUACAACAACAGUCCGAAUCAGACCUUGGAGAAGAGCGUCAUCAAUGCGCUUGGCCAGACGAACGGAACGGUGGUGUUGAAUCAGAUUCUGAAGAAGAACCCAGAGUUUACCAAGGACACCACUAGAUUGGAGGUCUGGGACGCUGUUGGGAAAGAGCUGCUUUCUGGUGCUGCGGUGACAAUGAUGGAAACGGCUGGUUUGGCGAAAAGUUCUUCAACGUGGAAAAUUGGAUUCGUGGACUAG